AUGCACUUCUUUUUGGCAAUACUGCUUUUUGCUCCAAGCAUCGCUGUGGUCUUGGCAGCAGAGCAGGCGCCUCUCACCAGCGACAGUGGUAGUUGCCUUUCCUCCCCAAGCUACAAGUCAUGUUGUCCCACCCAGCAGUCCUCAGGGAAAGGCGGUAUCAGCGGCAGUACCUUCGAAUAUACAUGUGCCUCCUGGCCAUCGGGAGCUGUCAAGCAUGUAAACAAGUCACUCACGCCAGCUCAUUGUGCCGAAGUGUGCGCCCAGGAUCCGCAAUGUGUCGCAGGAGCCUGGUCCACCGGGACUUGCUACAUAACUAAGGACCCUGCCUACAAGCGCUUCGGUCCCAGUAGCAUCAACAUCAUACUCCUCGUCAAGACCGAUGAUGCGUUCAACGGUAGUAAAUCAGGCGGGACUGGCCGCCAGAACGCAGCCGAGUGCGAGAACGAGAAAGACACCAUGCGGAGCCAGAUGUUUUCUCAAUGCAAUAACGAGAAGCAUAAGCUUCAGACUAGUUGCAAGGACGAUAUCCGGAAGGCGGAGGAGAGUUGCAAGCAGGAAAAAACAGCACUUGAGGCAAAGGCGGCCUCCUAUGCGCAGGACCAGACUCAAUGCGAAACUGACAAGGCCCAGGAGCUUACCGAUGCUAGAACGCAAUGUGAUGCAGACAAGACUCAGCAGCUCACUGAUGCUCAAACUCAGUGCGAUGCCUCAAAGUCUGAUAUUGAGAAGCAGCUUCAACAAUGUCAAGAUCAACAGGGCCAUAAUCAGAACAACCAACAGGAGUCUCCGGAACAAGCCGAGUGCAGGACAAUUUUGUGGCGAGACAUGUGCGGUGGGACACAAUGCGCAGACAGAUUCACCGUCGAGGGUGUUGAGUAUGAGCGAAGGUGCGGCGUGGCCACAUUGAAUACGAAACAGAGACGAAUUUCAACUACAGUCUACCGCACACCGUGGGAUUGCUUGAAAGCAGAAUGUAACGGUGUUGCAAAUUGUAUGGGUAUUGGAUGGACUGAUGCGUUUGUAAGUCUCUUAUUCUGGCCCCGGAUUCGAAAUGACCCAACCUCAAUCUGA